AGAAAGUUCUGAUUCGAUACACCCUUGGAAAGAGUUGUUUACCGAAGAGAGGAGAUACUUUCAUAAAAAUUGGAUCAUGGUUGAUUUGUCGGCCACCAUGGUGAAGACGAUGGCCGCGUCGUUUCCGAGAUCGAGUCGGCGUCCUCCAAAUAAAUUGAAUGUGCUUGUUCGACGGCCAGGUCGAGCGUGUGGUACAUUGUGCAUCUUUUUGUUCUCCUGUUGCUCCUGUCUGUUGCGCGCAGUCCCCACCGCUGGCAACGUAGCUGCGACGCAGACUGGUGCAGAUGAACAAAAGGGCGGCGACGAUCUGAGCACAAUCGAGGACCUCCACUUCUCGGGCGGCGAGAGCAGCCCGCGUUUUUCCGAGGAUGAUCUUGAUGACGAAGGGCCGCAAGGCAAUCAACCUCCUCUUGAAAAUACGCAGGCCAUGCCAGCGGCGUCCUCCCGUGGCGAUACAGCUACAGGCGCUAGUAGUAGUACAGUCACGGCAGGUGCAGGACCACGAGAAGGGAUGAGAGCACAUCAAAAACCGUUGGAAGCUCCCCUUGUUCUGUCCGUGGAGACUUCGCCCGACGGCCAAACCACUCAGCUCAGCAGCUUCUUUGCGCAGCAAGGAGGUAGGACUGAGAGCAACGAGAAGGAGAACGGCCACAAGACCUAUGGCGGGCGUCGCCUCCCGGGCCGCGACGGGGACGAGUUGGGGCCACUGCUGCCGACACCGGGAAACUCCACCAACUCGGUGGUCCACCUCGCAGCAACAACGACAGUUUCAAGUGGUGCUAGUACCGAGGAAAGCGGCAAAAAACUGACUUGGCUGCAGCUGAUGUCAGGUUCGGGUCGCUCUCGUGGCGGAAGGUCCACUUCUUCGCGGUCAUCCACCGGUCGAAAAAGUAGGAGGCUGCACCAACAGGGCGCAGAGGCCAGCGACGAGGGGGACGAGGAAGCGCGCCCCAGCAGCGUGAGACCGUCGGAGACAUGGAUAGACUUCUUCGCGGACGGUAUGGGGGCCGUCGCGCUGCGACAGCUGUCACGCGGGCUGAUUGAUGUGGCAGGCGGGGGGACAUCCGGCGAGGAAGGGUUUCUCCGUAGCAGAGAAAUCAAAACGCCACUGCGUCUCUUGACCCAAUCCCUCACCGAGGCGGUGAGCCGAAGUGACGGGGUGAUGGCGGCUUUGAGUGUCGACACCGGAAACGUCAACCGUUUUCUAGGAUCCGACCUCCUCCUGUUGCGACCCGAGGGCGCAGUUGUUUUCGUGCAGGUCAUUUUCCGUCCGGACACGCAUGCGAGUGGGUUGCAUGAGCAGACAGCCGGCGGCACACCGACGUCAGCCGCGGCACCGAUCGAGCUGGCGCCACACUUCGCGGAGUUGCAGGGUCCGCUGCAAACUGCGCUACAGGGGCAAGUGGGCAAGGUGCUAAAGAGUGACAUUCGGAAUCAGAAAUUGACGCGGCAAGUGUCGCUCCCGGUGCAUUUUGCCUCACCCGUCACUGUCAAGCUUCCGGGGAAGACUCAAGGCAGUCUGCAAGAGCAAAGGUUUCAGAUCAACUUGCAACAUCUGUUUCCACUCCCGCAAACCGGUGACCUGGUGACAUUCCUAAUCCCCGUGUUCAGCAGCUCCAAUUCGGCGAGUCCCAUCAUGUUCAGCCCAGGGUCUGUUUCUGCGGUGACGGCGGUAAGGUACCACGUGGUCAGCACGAAUGAAAAAGCUGCGAAUACUGCGCGGAACAAACAGCAGCAGCAAACCUUCGCCGGCCCGGAGCAGAUUACGCGCGGAAAAAAGGUUGCUCGGAUCGCUCUCGAAGCGAUGCCAGUGGAAAACUUCCUCGGCCUCCGGGGUCCACAAGCGUACGCCCCGCGUAUCAUGCUGGAAGAUGUUGCCGCUGAUAGCCUGCGGCUGCUCCCCCCGGGCACGGCGAAUCCCAUUACUCCUGGGCAGCAUCAGGACUACACCCAGCCACAAGCGCAAACUUCGGCCCCUCGGGCGACCUCGAGCGGCGGUGCCUUUGGUGCCCGUUUUGGCGGUUUCCGGGUGUUUGCGUCCGCCGGCUCUUCGAAGCAGCCAGGCAAGAAAAAAAAACGGGCGGGGGGGCAGCUCCGGGUCUACCGCUUUUUCUACGACCGGGCGCGCUUUGCGCGAACUCUCGCUCCAGGCGGCGCCGCCGCUGCGGUGUCCACAGAACGCCUACACAGCGUUCGGCUGGAAGAAGAUUACGAAUUUUAUCGUCUCCUGCAUUUUGCAUUGAAAAAUCUCGCUCGGCUGGUGCGGACGUUCCUCGAGUCCAGCCAGCUACUCAUUCCGAAGAAGCUGCUUCGCGAGUAUGAUAACAAGAAGGCGACAUCAUCUGGCCGUGUUCCGGCGAGCUCGGACGAGAGCAGCGCCGGACGGAGCACAUCACAAAGAUCGUCGAGCAAGACCGACAGCAAGGACACCAAACGAGAAAUCCGUGCGCAGCUGGGGAAGCGGUUCACACGGUACCUGGAGGGACUGACGAAGCAGAUUCUGCAGGCAACUUUCGCGGCGUUUGCCGACGACAAAAGCGCGGCGGUGAAAAUACAGCGAGCCGACUUCGCUCCGCCACUGCACAACGGCACGCAGCUGCUGAGCCUUUUUCCCAAGUUGACGGACCACAUCCUCUCGGUUACGGAGAACAAGCUCCUCCUGUUUCCGCUGCAGGACAGCUUCCUCCUGAUGCCAAAAAUGCAUGGCUUCGGCUUUUUUGCGGGAGUUGGAGGAGGGGGCCAAUCGCCCACGUCUACUACAUACCUGGGGCGUGGGAAGGCCGCAGCGUCCCGCAUGAGCGACAUGCUAGACAUGUUUGGCGAGAUGCUCGGGACGCCUGAAGAUGCCGACGUGCCAGACCAAGCUCCGGUUCGGUUCUUGCUCCCCAUUGCAAAGCGCGUUGCCCAGGGAAUCGAUUUCCAGCACUUCGCCAGUGCCGACGUCCGAUCCAACUAUCUGCUGGGAGUAGUGGGUAGGGCGCGCGCUCCCAGAGCGGAAACGCAAGAAAAGGACGGCGCGGAACCGGUUACCACCUCAGCCAGAACGACAAAGAGGAGCUUUGUGCAGUUCUUGCAGGGAGACAGGCGGGAACAGAAGCAACAAACCGAAACCUCGAUCAUGUCGCAGAAAAAGACGAGGACGCGUCGGCCUCGCGGCCGUAAGAAAACUUCCCGAAACGUCGCUUCUGGAGGUUCUGCAGACGCGUUGGCCUCACAACCGGCCUCCGCUAACGCGACUUCGGCGGCCUCUGCUCCUGCUGUUUCUGUUCCAGACGUUUUCCCCAAUGUGAUGGCGUCGUUGCCGGAGGCACAACUCUCCGGAAUAGUCGUCGGCUUGCUUUUGCUGCUCCAGGGCGCCCUUUCGAUUAGCAGGAGAAAAGUGAAAGAGGAGCACCAGAACCGAAACAGAAACGUAGGAGGCGCGUCACCUCCUACAACGACAACUAUGGCGGAGUUAAUAUACUACGCUCCGAUCGUAGGCGGCGGAGGCGCAGACUCCUUUGCGCAGUCUCUCUUCGCGAAAGAUGGAGACGCGACGGGCUCAUCUCGGUCGCGGGCAGGUAAGGAUAGCGGUCUGGAUUGGAGUACAGUCCAGAGCUUCGUCAACGUGCUACCGGUUCUACAAGUAGAGUGGGGGCGGGUCUUAGCUUCGGGAAAACGCUACUUGAAUCCUGCGGAGGAGAAAAAGGAAGAAGGUGUGCCGGCGGUCUCUUCACGAUCCACAGAGCGGGCGCCAGGGCGUAAACGCGUGGCCUCGUUUUUCCAAAUCUUGUCCAGGCAGAAGCAGGGUCCUCCUCGUCGCAUGGAAUCGCGCUCCCACAUCCGGGACAGCGCUAGUACCCUCGACUCAUCAAGGGAGACCGCUCCCGCUCAGCCUGAGCGUGAGCGCAAGGGGGACGCCUACCUGAUAGACUGGCUUCGUGGUGGAAGGUCGCGAAGGCAAAGCGAGCAACCCAUCGUCGGUGCUUUGGUACGAGCCCAGCAGCCGACCUCGUCCGAAAAAGUAUUACGGACCGAGCUUCCCACACAGAAAACCCGGACAAAACCUAGUCGCUCGCGCGAUAUUAAACCGAAACUUUCGACGGGUUCCCUUGCCCCGAGGAAAACUACGAAGUGUUGCAGCAACAUCAAAAUGGAGUGUUGCAGGAAUAUGCAGUGUUCGUGUUUGGGGAAAAUGAAGGAUUGCAGGCAAUUAAUGAACACGUGCAGAUGUUCGUGUUGCACAUCAUACUCUUUAUGUAAGGUGAUCGAGCUCAGUGUCCUCUUUGUGAUUUUUCUUUUUUUUCUCGGACUUUUCGUAAUCGGACUUUUCGUAAUCUUAGACUUGUUGUCCCCAUCGGGAGAAUUGGGCUGGCUUGUUGUGCCAAUCGGGGCGAAUCUGCCUCAAUGGGUUGUGAUAUUAGCAGCUGGGUUUUGCAUGAUUGUGUUUUUUGGAUUGCUGAUAAGGAGAUGCGAGGGUGCGGGGUACUGUAUUGCGCAGUGACAUCGGAUGUCACAAUAAAUGCGUUCGAGUGUGCGUCCACUCAAGGGGAAAGAUGAGAAUAGACAUAACUUUAAUGUCACGGACAAGCACAAAGAUGAUGAUGAGGCUGCUACUCGAAAUGUUGCUUUUGAAAUAUCUCUUCCGAUGUUGAUUUGAUUUUCUA